CAGUAUAACUAUGAGGGGAAUGACAUCAGCGACCUGCCAGUCAAUCUGUCUGUGGUCUGGAACGGUCAUUUUGUCAUCGACAAUCCUCAGAACAUACAAGCCCACCUGUACAAGUGCUCGGCCCUGCGGGAGAGCUGCGGACUGUGUCUAAAAUCCGAUCCACACUUUGAGUGCGGCUGGUGUGUCAGCGAGAAGAAGUGCACCCUGCGCCAGAACUGCCCCACGUAUGAGAGCCCAUGGAUGCACGUCAGCACACCGCAGAGCCGGUGCACCGACCCGAAGAUCACCAAGCUCUUUCCAGAAACUGGCCCCAGGCAAGGAGGGACCCGACUCACCAUCCUCGGUGAGAACCUCGGACUUAGGUUUGAAGACAUCCGCUUCGGUGUGAGGGUCGGGCAAGUUAUGUGCGUCCCCGUAGAAAGUGAAUACAUCAGUGCGGAGCAGAUUGUGUGUGAGAUUGGGGAGGCGAGGAUGACGCAGUCUCGUGAAGCCACCGUGGAAGUCUGCGUCAGAGAUUGCUCCAAGGAUUACAUGACCACUGCGCCAAAAUCUUUCACCUUUGUGAGUCCUCAUUUUUAUCGUGUGACCCCUGCCCGCGGCCCGCUGUCUGGAGGUACCUGGAUUACUAUAGAAGGAAUCAACCUGAACGCUGGAAGCGAUGUGUCUGUGGAGGUUGGAGGACGACCCUGCACCUUUUCAUGGAGAACAGCCAAAGAAAUUCGCUGCAAAACCCCGCAGGGACAGAUUCCAUCCAGUGCAGAAAUUCAGAUCCACAUCAAUCGUGCGGUGCUACGCAACCCAGAGGUGAAGUACAAUUACACGGAGGACCCCACAGUGCAGAAAAUCGAACCUGAGUGGAGCAUCACCAGUGGUGGAACUCCGCUGACUGUGUCCGGACUGAACCUGGCAACUAUUAGGGAACCGAAGAUCCGAGCAAAGUAUGGCGAGGUGGAGCGUGAAAAUAACUGUACGGUUUAUAAUGACACCACCAUGGUUUGUCUGGCCCCUUCCAUUGAAAACCCCCUAAAAACUCCACCAGAACUCGGAGACAAACCAGAUGAGAUUGGCUUCAUUAUGGACAACGUUCAGGCGCUGCUCAUCGUGAAUAUGACCAGCUUCACGUACUAUUCCGACCCUGUGUUUGAACCCCUCAGCCCAUCUGGAAACCUGGAACUAAAGCCCAGCUCUCCUCUUAUCAUCAAAGGUCGUAAUAUAUUACCAGCUGUACCCGGGAACUUCCGUCUCAACUAUACCGUCUUGAUUGGUGACACCCCAUGCGCGCUAACCGUGUCUGAGACGCAACUUCUGUGCGAAUCGCCAAACCUUACAGGACAGCACAAAGUCACGAUCAAAGCCGGAGGGUUCGAAUUCUCACCUGGUACUCUGCAGAUCUAUUCCGACAGCCUCCUGACCCUUCCCGCAAUUAUUGGCAUUGGUGGAGGUGGAGGACUACUCUUGCUGAUCAUCAUCAUUGUGCUCAUUGCCUACAAGCGCAAGUCGAGGGAUGCGGACCGCACCCUGAAGCGUUUGCAGCUGCAGAUGGACAAUCUGGAGUCGCGGGUGGCCCUGGAAUGCAAGGAAGCCUUUGCUGAGCUGCAGACUGACAUCCACGAGCUGACCAAUGACCUGGAUGGAGCUGGCAUCCCCUUCCUGGACUAUCGCACCUACGCCAUGCGUGUCCUCUUCCCCGGCAUUGAAGAUCACCCUGUGCUGAAGGAGAUGGAGGUCCAAGCCAAUGUGGAGAAGGCUCUGAAUCUGUUUGGGCAGUUGCUGAACAAGAAGCAUUUCCUCCUGACUUUCAUCCGCACUCUGGAGGCUCAGCGCAGCUUCUCCAUGCGAGACCGCGGCAAUGUGGCCUCGCUCAUCAUGACGGCACUGCAGGGGGAGAUGGAAUAUGCCACAGGUGUCCUCAAGCAGCUCCUAUCUGACCUAAUCGAGAAGAACCUUGAAAGCAAGAACCACCCCAAGCUAUUGCUCAGAAGGACGGAGUCCGUGGCGGAAAAGAUGCUAACAAACUGGUUCACCUUUCUUCUCUACAAGUUCCUAAAGGAAUGCGCUGGAGAACCGCUCUUCAUGCUGUACUGCGCCAUCAAGCAGCAGAUGGAGAAAGGGCCCAUUGAUGCCAUCACAGGAGAAGCCCGAUACUCCCUGAGUGAAGAUAAGCUCAUCCGCCAACAGAUCGACUACAAGAUGCUGACGCUCAAUUGUGUCAAUCCGGAGAACGAAAAUGCGCCGGAAAUCCCGGUGAAGGUGCUGAACUGUGACACCAUAACGCAAGUGAAGGAGAAACUGCUGGAUGCUGUAUACAAGGGGGUCCCGUACUCCCAGCGCCCCAAAGCCGGAGACAUGGACCUCGAAUGGCGCCAAGGCAGAAUGGCCAGGAUCAUACUGCAGGAUGAGGAUGUGACAACCAAAAUAGACAAUGACUGGAAGCGCCUCAACACUCUGGCUCAUUAUCAGGUUAUCGAUGGGUCUUCAGUUGCACUGGUCCCCAAACAGAACUCUGCUUAUAACAUCUCAAAUUCCUCAACAUUUACGAAGUCUCUGAGCAGAUACGAGAGCAUGCUACGGACAGCGUCCAGCCCUGACAGCCUGCGCUCACGAACCCCUAUGAUCACCCCAGACCUGGAAAGCGGUACAAAGCUCUGGCACCUAGUCAAGAACCACGAUCACCUGGACCAGCGUGAAGGAGACAGAGGGAGCAAGAUGGUGUCUGAAAUUUAUCUCACCCGGUUAUUGGCAACAAAGGGCACUCUCCAGAAGUUUGUAGAUGAUUUAUUUGAAACCAUAUUUAGCACGGGCACACCGCGGCAGCGCACUACCUCUCGCCAUCAAAUAUAUGUUCGACUUUCUGGAUGA